UGAGGGCGCUGUGUAGCUUUACUGGUACAUUGAACAUGAUGCACGAAAAUGGUGUCCAUGUCGUGGUUGAAAGUCGGAAGAAGUGUAACUGGGUUUCUUAUGGGUGACAGCCACAAGGCAUCGUUGCUUCCCAUGGCGUCUAUGCUUACGCAGCUAGGCAGAGCCCCAUCCAGAACGUACUAUACAGACUGGAGAAUGUUGAGGGAUGUCAAGCGACGUCGAUUGUUCAAAGAGUAUGGUGUGGAAAGGAGGAGAAUUAAUUGCAUCAGGAAGAACACGAUCCUCCCAGAUGAACUCAAGGAAAUAGCCGACCGUGAGAUCGCCGCCCUUCCGAGGGACAGCUGCUGGGUGCGACAGCGGGGGCGCUGUGCUAUCACCUCUCGGCCCCGCUCCGUCCUACCCCGCUGGCGGCUGAGCCGAAUCGUCUGGCGCCAGGUCGCCGAUGCGAAUCAUAUGUCAGGAGUGCAGCGAUCUUCUUGGUAGCAGAACCUGACAAGGACACAUGAGCGGAAUGUUUGCUACUUGCUGUAAACUUUGCUUUAGCUUCUGGUAGAUGAGCGAAGUACAGAAGAACAAUGCAGGUGGUGCCGUCGCCGUGUUUGAUAAACAUUGAUGCCAGUCCUUUAAGUGACUUUGUGAGUUUAUCUUAUGCCAUUCUGAAGCACAUCCAAAACCACAACUUGAUCUUAAUAUCCAUUUUGCCACUCCCGUCCCAGGAAUUUUCCUGCUCUCUAUCCUCUACCACACCCUCCACCCAAACUUACACCGUCUCCCCAUCUGGCCCACCCAAGGCACUUUUAAUAGAAUUCUUGCAAGCCUCCUGUCAACCCAAAGAAUAUUCGCUUUUAUUCAAAACCUAACAAAUAGACAAAAAGGGUGCAUAUGUACCUGUAGGAUGCUACAUGUUUGAAUGCAGUGUGUAUAUUUUGAGUGAGGGAAUUUCCGGAUUUUAAUGGACCUUUUUACUAUGCUAUUGUAAAUUCCAACCCAGCGAAACUGCCCAAAUGGUUACCUCGCAUUUCGUUGGUAUGUAUCCAUAUGCCUAAAGAGUAAACAGGGGUGAAAGUGGUUGGGCUUGUAAUGAACCGAUCCACUCACACAUUCGACGUGAAAGUAAAGUGCAUUUCACAUGGCCCGUUAAACGAAUAGAAUUGUUUUAUUUCAAGAACCAGUUUUCACUUUACUCGUGGAAGAGACUGUGAAAUCUUCAAAAGACUGUUACAGAUAAGGAGCAAAAUAAAUAAAUGUUAGUAGUGAAA